AUGGUCGAUUUCCCAGUCCCCGGAUUCCCAUGGAGCCAUAGGACAUGGCCAGAGACGAUCCUCCUCCUCCUCUGCCACCCCGCACCGCCCCGGAGCAGGCUAGGCGAAGGAGGCGGGGAUACCGGGCUCGUAGCGAGCGAGAUGGUUGCCCUCGUCGGCUUCGACGUGCUCCGCGAAGCCGGGGGCAAGACAUGCCGCACGGGCGACGAUGAUUGGGAGAAGAACCUAUACCGGCAUCCGCAACGGCAAGGCCGAUCGCUCCAGGUCGAUUACAAGAUGCGCCACGACAUUUACAGCCUGGGCGUCUGCCUGCUCGAGAUCGGCCUAUGGGAAAGCCUUGUCGAUUACGGAGCCAGCUCGGGCGCGCCUUUUCCCGGGCCGGAACUGUCCAUAUCCGACGGCAAUAUGAGCGGUCCGGAGUUGCUUAAGAACCCAGAGCUUGUCAAAGACGGCCUUGCGCGGUUGGCUAGGGGCCCGCUCCGGCGUACCAUGGGCACCAUGUACGCCAAGGUUGUCGAGACGUGCCUGACAUGUCUCGAUACAGGCAAUAUCGACUUUGGAAAUGAGAAAGAGUCCCAAGGCACGGAUAGCGUGGCGGUAGGAGUUCGCUACAUUGAGAAAGUGGUUAUGAGGCUUGGUGAGAUCGCUGUCUAA